GAAACUCCACCUGCUUCAAUGACAAUAGAAGCCUUCCAUCAAAAUCAUGACAUUCAUAUUUGUGAAAACAGGACAGCAGUACAGAGGACACUGUUCUUACGGGCGACACACACAAUAGUUAAGCAGAGAUUCAACAUCAUCCAAAUGAACAGCAGACGUAAAUCAGAUUCAAAUGCUUCAUGUCACAAUGAAGCAGCUGAGGAGGAGGAAGUGUACACAGGUUUCCUAAUAAAGUCCCCUCCACCUAGACGGAUAAAAAAUACGAAAUCAUGGAAGAAACGCUUCUUUGUGCUUUCAAAGACAAAUGACAACUGCCAUGAGCUGAAAUACUACAAAAGCACUGAGAGAGACAAACCUAUAAAAUCUAUACAAGCUUCCACCAUCACAAUGCUGCAAGUGCAUCCUGAAGACAAUCCAGCUCUUGAUUGGAUCUGUAAAGCCUUCAAGUGCUCUCCGGACACUGUGCUCUCCAUGAAAGCAGAAAAUCCAGGAGACAGUGUCCCAAGAGAAUUUUUCUUCAUUGGGGACAGCAGUAAGGAUGUGGAUAGCUGGUACACAGCUUUAUCCAGGGCUACGAAGAAUAACAGAAUUGAGCAACAAACUGAACCUCAGAGCACAACAGAAUCCAACUACAAUGACCAAAGUCCCUCUGACACCAAAGAGAAUGAAGUUGAUAGAAAACCCCCACUGCCCCCAAAGAAGAGGCCAGCAUCUAAACAUAUCCCCACCCAGGACGGUCAGUGUAGCCAAUCUCCCAAAAGCAGCACAUCUGCAACACCGGUAAAUCUGAAAGAAGAGGAACCACUGGAUGAGAAAGUGGAAAUUAAUGAGGACAAGUCAUCAGGGGAAAGCGUGACUGAAAACAGUCUGUUGGACUGUGUCACAAAAGCAAUCAAUGAUAUGAAGAUACUACAAACAUCCACUGAGUCAGAUGGACAAAGUGAGACGCACAACCUUAUCGAGAAGGAAAUCUGCACAAGUCAUCAUGAUACAAACAUCUUGGUUAUUUCAGAGGACGGAAAACCAUGUGUAUCUACAUGCGGGGAGACUGAGAUUGCUCCAAUCCUUUGAAUUCUGAACACUGCUGAGGACAAAAA